UGAAGCCGCUGAGACAGCUCCACCAAAUCAAGGUCAAAUGAUUCUUUUUUUCUCGUUUCAUCAGAAAUCUGUUAAAGUUCUCAUAAUUAUGGUGAUCAGCAAGUGAAACUAAAGUCUUCUCAGAUUCAUUCUAUGUGUUUGUAUUAAACUUAGCCAAAACAUCAGAGCCUGAGUAAGAAGUGGGAGCUAAGGUGUGCUCUGACCAUACUAAAUAAUAUGCCUACUAUUCAUGUGAUAAGGCACUAAUUUCAGCAUGUUAUUGAUUAAGAGCUCAAGGAUGUCUGGUGUUUGGUACACAGAGUCCCUGACAUACCCAAAAGUGAACGCACUGAACUGGACGAGUGAAAAGGACAACAAGAGGAGCAAUAUCUCAUUCUGCUCUUCUACCAUCAACACCGAACAUCAUGCUUAGACUGUUCAGCUGUGGAGUUUGGAUUUCUGUGUUGGUCCUCCGUUAUGAAUCUGCAGAACUUAUCUCGAAUAUAUCUACCCAAAAUCAGCCUCCGAAUGUGACUGCUGUUAAAGACGUGGAGGACACCGACUGGGAUUCAUCAUUUCUUCUGCUGAGAGCCAGCCUACCAUCCUACUCCCAGCCAAUUCGCCCAUACACCCUGCUGACAAACGCUGAAGACUAUCACUACAUGCCCAAACCAAGACAUCGCCGUCCUUCUCACCUCCUGCGCCUUCUGGGAUCCUCUUUUGACCUGUUUUGGAUGUCCAUAGAGCAGCCGUCUGAAGCCUCUGUGGGUCACGGUGACACACUGCCUGCCAAAUCACCCAAAAACACUGCCCAAGAGAAGUUUAACCUGAGUGCCUCUUCAGAGCUGAGAGAGGCUGCAGCAAACCAUCGACAGAAGCUGGAGAAGGACGCUGCAGAUCUGGACCUCGGUUCUCUGCCCUCACAUGUUGCCAGUUCGAUCAGAGACUGGUUAGUGCGCUCGGCCACUUGUGGAUUAAGCUACCAGUGGGUGGAUCUGGGUCCUGCGUUCUGGCCACGUUGGCUGCGACAGACUGAUUGUGAAAGAUCAGAUGGAGUGAGAAGUUGCUCCUUUCCUGGUGGGAUGGAGUGUGUCCGCGCUCAGACAACUCACAUAAAGAUUCUGGCUUGGCACUGCUUGAAAAUGAGAGAGGGAGGUGAUGGAUCUAGAGGGAUUAAAGCUGACAGGUCUGAGAUGGGGACAGGUGAAGUCAUGAAAAGAUGUAUAUGGAGGCAAGUGCCUUAUCCUGUGGUCACAGCAUGUACAUGUUCAUGUAAAUGAACAUCAAGAUAGUCAGUCCUCAUCUGCACAUAUGUUUCUCUAUUAUUAUUAUUACUGAGAUGAUGUUAUUGAUGAAAUGAAAAUUAUGUUGACUGACUGUACUAACCUAAGCCCUAAAAGCUUUAAUUACUCAGUAAAACAUUACAUGUACCCUAAUGUUACUGGCUUUAAACUGAAUUUAUUAAAAAUAUUUUCUACUGAU